AUGAACGCCAUGCUCACCCUCACCCUCUAUAUCCUCGCCUUCUGUCUACCCGCCUUCUCCAUUCCUUUGAGGGAGAUCCUUCUCACCAAGUCAACCUCCUGCCAGGUCUACGGGGGAAAUGGAAUUGCGAAUCUCACAUGUCGCAAUACGUGCAUCGAACAGGGCGAUGGGUGGACAGGGGGGUUUUGUGACGAUAAGCAAAUCUGCCACUGCACGUUCGGUGUCUCGGGGUAG